AUGACGAGUUUAAACAAAAGCGAGACGCAGAACAUCUCUGCCGCCGAAGAAAAGGUUCCAAGUAAUCUUCCGCAAUGGACGAAAGGCAACUAUGAAAUUAACUGGGUGGCCGUCGCCGUUUUGGCUCUACCUCCCACGAUGGUUUUUGCGGCCAUUUUGGCGGGUAUUCCCCUGCUUCCAAAGACUUUUGCGGUAGCAGCAUUUUUCUAUGUGUUCAACGGCAUGAUUGGUAUUACACUUGGUUACCACCGCCUUUUUUCGCAUCGAAGCUUUGUUGCGCACCCGAUACUUCAGUGGAUUUGCGUAUUUGCUGGUGCGGGUGCUUUUGAAGGCUCUGCCAAGUGGUGGGGCCGCAAUCAUCGCAUCCACCAUCGCUACGUGGACACCCCUAAAGAUCCAUACGAUGCCACUCGUGGGUUUUUUUUUUCCCAUAUGGGCUGGAUGGUCAUGAAGCAAAAUUAUGGCCUCCUUGGGAAAGUUGACGUGUCGGAUUUUAAGUACAACAUCAUAAUUCAGUUUCAGCAUCGCUACUUCUUCAGAAUUGCUAUGUUGUCCGGUAUUAUUCUCCCAACGCUGAUUUGCGGCCUUGGUUGGGGCGAUUGGCUCGGUGGGUACUUCUAUGCAGGGCUCGCGAAGGUGGUGUUUGUGCACCAUUGUACCUUUUUCAUCAACAGCCUGGCCCACACGAGCUUUUUUGGUGCGGUGCAGAAUUACUCGGACCGUAACACCUCUCAUGACUCCAUGGUCUGUGCACUCUUGACGUUCGGGGAGGGGUACCACAACUUUCACCACGAGUUUGCGCAAGACUAUCGUAACGGCAUCAAAUGGUAUCAUUUUGAUCCGACCAAGUGGACCAUCCGCCUGUGUGAAUGGCUGAGGAUGGCCUCGCAUCUCAUGCGCACACCCAACGAAGUGAUUGAAAGGAACGUGAAGAAUCUCCAAUACAAGGGGGUUCGCAGACAGAUGGAACUUCUCGAGAAGCGAUUAGGGGAGCUUGAGCUCCCCACAACUGUGGAAUAUACGUGGGAGGAUGUUGCAAAAUAUGUGCAGCAGGGCCAAAAACUGAUCGUGAUUGGGGACAACGUUAUUGAUCUGGAGAAGUCCGUUCCAACGGGCUCCGGCUACACGCACUCCAAUGAAAAAAUUGUUUGGUAUGAAGCACACCCGGGAGGGAAGAAGAUGUUGGAUAUUUAUGUGGGCAAGGACGCUACGGAGGCAUUCCAAGGAGGAAUAUACAAGCAUUCUUUGGGUGCCGAGAGCCUGAUUCCUCACCUGCGUGUCGCCAAAUUGAAGCGUAAGUGA